AUGGCUUCCUUAGGCUUGGGAAGUAUUGAACAAUUUAAUGUAGCAGCGGCGGAAACAUGGACUGUGUACAUACAACGGGUCAAUUUUUAUUUGGAAGCAAAUGGAAUAACGGAUGCGAAUAAGAAACGUGCGGUUUUUUUAAGCAUUUGUGGUGACCAAACUUUUCAGAUAGCGCGAAGUUUGUGUAUACCAAAUGAAUUGGCCGACACUACUUUCGACCGCAUUAUUGAUUUGUUGACUACCCAUUUUAAUCCUAAACAAUCGGAAAUCAUACAGAGGUUUUUAUUUAAUCGAAGGCAUCAAAAAGAGGGUGAAUCAAUUUCCGCGUGGGUUGCCGAACUUCGCAAAAUUGGUAGUUUGUGCAAUUAUGGCAAUGAUCUUGAAAACCAAAUUCGAGACCGUAUCGUGUGUGGUGCGCGAGAUGAAUCGCUUCAGCGACGCUUAUUGACGGAAGCAAAAUUGACGUUUCAAAUGGCAUUUGAUACAGCGAUAGCGGCCGAAAAUGCAGCCUGCCAGCUAGGGGAACUUCGAAGAGCUCCAGAUAGUGCUACUAUUAACAAAAUGGAACAUUCUAAGGAGUUGAAUGCCACAAAAUGUUGGAGGUGCACAGCUAAUCAUGACCCAUUGACGUGUCGUUGGAAGGAUGCUGAGUGCAGAUUCUGUUCAAAGAAGGGGCAUUUAGAGCGUGCUUGCUUGAUGAAGAAGAAUCGUGCUAAAGAUAACGAAACAAGCGGAAAUAAAAGGGUAGGUAAAAUCAAUAAAGCAAAUAAGAGCGGACAAUAUUUAGUUAAAUCAAAUGUUAGUACUGACAGCGAUGUAUCCGACGACGAUACUGUUCCAGGACUUCACAAUAUCGGUCGAGGUGAAGUGCCAUAUCGGGUUUUGUUAUCUGUUAAUGACAGGGAAUGUGAAUUUGAAGUAGAUUCGGGUGCUAGUUUUACAGAUACUAAAUUAACUUUACGGGACUGGCAAAAGAAGGACAUUGGGAUUCUGGGCGAAUGCUUGGUGCGCGUAGUAUUUAGUAAACAUGUUAAGAAUUUGCCAUUAGUAGUGACGAAGGGCGAUAACAUUAGUUUAUUAGGACGAAAUUGGUUCGCAGAGUUAGGUAUCAGACUGUCAAUGAACUCUGUAUCGGUGGUGGACAUUAAACUAGAGAAGGUUUUACAAAAGUAUAGUGAGGUGUUCAAUAACAGUCUCGGUACUUUUCGAGGGCUACCGGUAAAUCUCCAAGUAGAUCCUUCAAUACGACCCAUUCGUUUAAAGGCGCGUAAUGUGGCUUUUGCACUACGGCCCAAAAUUGAUGCGGAAAUUGAAAGACUAAUAGGACAGGGGAUUUUGAAACCGUGUGAUAACCCUACAUGGACGACACCAAUAGUGCCGGUAGUAAAGGGAGAUGGAACUAUUAGGAUUUGUGCCGACUAUAAAUGUACACUUAAUCGGGCUCUUCAGGAUGAUCCAUACCCGAUGACGUCUACUCAAGAAAUCUUAACUGCGUUGAAUGGAGCUAAGGUAUUCGCAAAAUUGGAUAUGGCUCAGGCAUAUCAACAAUUAAAGGUGGAUGAGGAUUCAGCAAAGUUACAGACCAUAAUCACUCAGAGAGGUACCUAUACGGUCCACAGACUCUGUUUCGGAAUCAAGGUGGCACCGCAGAUCUUUCAACGUUUCAUUAACAAUCGUUUGGCAGGAAUUCCGGGAUGUUUUCCAUACUUCGAUGACAUUUUGGUUGCCGCGGAAAACGAUGAGGAACUGUGUGAAAGGAUCGAAGAAAUUUUACGCCGAUUUGCAGAAGAUGGACUGAAACUAAAGAAAUCUAAAUGUGUUUUUAGGACUACGGGCAUUGAAUUUUUGGGAUUUUUCAUCAACGCAAAGGGAGUACGUCCUACGGUUGACAAAGUUCAAGAUAUUAAAAAUGCGCCUAUACCAUCUUGCAAACGGGAAUUACAAUCAUUUCUGGGAUUGUUAAAUUUCUAUCACGGAUUCCUAAAAAAUAAAGCGAAUGUUGCUGAAUGCUUGCAUCGACUUCUGGACAAGAACGUUCCGUGGAAGUGGACAAGAAGACACCAACAAGCAUUUGAAAAGGUCAAGGAGUUGCUCUCGUCGGAACAAUUGCUGGUUCACUAUGACCCAAAGAAAACUUUAAGACUUUCGUGCGAUGCUUCUCCUUGGGCAAUUGGAGUAGUACUGAGUCAUGUGGAAGAAGAUGGUAGGGAAGCUCCCAUCGCGUUUCAUUCAAAAACAUUAAACCAGACAGAGCGCAGGUACAGCCAAUUGGACAAGGAAGCUCUGGCAAUAAUUGCGGGAGUUAAAAAGUUUCAUAAUUAUUGCUAUGGACGGAAAUUUGACAUCAUUACGGACCACAAGCCGCUUCUAGGAAUAUUGAGCGAGAACAUUCAGGUUCCACAGAUGUCAUCUCCGAGAUUAGUGCGCUGGGCAUUAUUUCUUAGUAAUUAUAAUUAUUCGCUAAUACAUAGGCCAGGUAAAGACAUAAGUCACGCGGAUGCUCUGAGCCGCAUACCAUUGUCUACAGAAGUUGAUCUCGGCGGUGUAGAACAUAUUGGCGAAGUACUCAUGAUGGAGAAUAUGCCCGAAAUACCUUUAAACGACGAGAAAGUUGCAGAAUUAACAGGAAGAGAUCCAGUUCUUAGCAGGAUCCGGGAGUUUAUACAAUUGGGCUGGCCGAAUAAGUUGGAAGAGGGAUUAGCGGAAGAUGAAGUACGUCCUUUCAAGGUUAGAAAGAAUGAGUUAUCAAUUUACAAGAAUUGCAUACUAUGGGGUACGAGAGUAGUGAUUCCGCCGAAAAUCCAGGAACGAGUGCUGAGAGUUCUUCAUGGGGCACACAUAGGAGUAGUAAGAAUGAAGGCACUGGCAAGAUCCUAUGUUUGGUGGCCGUCAAUAGAUCAAGCCAUUGAAAGUGCUGUAAGACAAUGCCAAGAGUGCCAAUUACAAAUGAAGAUGCCUGCUAAAGCAGCUAUACACCCAUGGGAAUGGAGUGAGAUUCCUUGGAGUCGAAUACAUAUAGACCACGCAGGACCAUUUUGUGGACAACAAUUUUUAAUUAUUGUUGACUCUUAUAGUAAAUGGUUAGAGGUAAAAAGAGUUCCGUCUACAUCAUCUAAAUGCACCAUUCAAGCAUUACGUGGAAUUUUCGCAACUCAUGGAAUUCCAGAGGUAAUUGUAAGUGACAAUGGAAGUUCGUUUACGUCAGAAGAGUUCGAAUGUUGGGCUAAGAAGAAUGGAAUCCGACAUACUCGAGUUUCACCAUACCACCCAGCGUCAAAUGGCCAAGCGGAAAGAAUGGUACAAGAAACCAAAAGAACUUUAAAGAAACUGAGUACGGGAGAUUGGGAAGUAAAAAUCGCUCGAUUUUUGAUAACCCAACAUAUUACGCCUACAACCACAACAGGAGCAUCACCGUCUGAAUUAAUGUUCAAAAGAAAAAUACGCACUUGUCUUGACCUGCUUCGGCCUAGUUUUACAAAAAAAGUGCGAGAAACGCAGGAGAAGAUGAUGGAAGCUGGAUCUAAAAGUACCAGAGUGUUUGAACAGUCAGCAUCUGUGAUGGCCCGAAAAUUCGGUGGAGGGGAAGGUUCAAGAUGGCAACCUGAGAAGAUAGUGAGGCAGUUGGGUCCAGUGACUUACGAAACGGUGGAUGAAAUUGGAAAAACACAGAAGCGACAUGUAGACCAUCUACGUAGAAACGUUAUGAAUGGACCAUCAGAAACCGAUGAAAUCAUAACGGACAAUCUACGUACUGAUGACAACAGACUUCAGGAGGAGGAACCAGUAGAGACAGCAUUAGGAGAUACAAAAGAAAAUAUGACAGUAACAACCGGUAUGCAAAGACCACAAAGGAACGCCGGAAUGCCCAGUCGUUUUCGAGAUUUCGUGGUGUCUACUAGAUAA